AUGGCUCUCCUGGCCUACCUCAAAAGCCUGUUCAUCCUUCAAUUGUUGAUGGGCUUUGUAUUUGUGGUGAGCGGCCUCAUCAUAAACUUCAUCCAACUGUGCACAUGCGUCAUCUGGCCAUUCAACAAGCAGCUCUAUCGCAGAAUCAACUGCCGACUCUCGUAUUCGCUAUGGAGUCAGCUAGUGAUGCUGCUGGAGUGGUGGUCCGGCACAGACUGCACCCUGUACACGGACCAAGCUACGGUGGACAAAUUUGGCAAAGAACACGUCAUCAUUAUUCUCAACCACAACUAUGAAAUCGACUUUCUGUGUGGCUGGACCAUGUGUGAAAGAUACGGCGUUCUUGGGAGUUCAAAGGUCCUAGCCAAACAUGAGCUGCUGAAGGUUCCUCUAAUUGGUUGGACCUGGUACUUCUUAGAAAUAGUUUUUUGCAAGAGAAAGUGGGAGGAGGACCGCAAAACUGUUUUCAGUGGACUUAACAGGCUUAAAGACUAUCCUGAAAAAAUGUGGUUUCUACUAUAUUGUGAAGGCACACGCUUUACAGAGAAGAAGCACCAGAUAAGCAUGCAGGUCGCAGAGAGUAAAGGCCUGCCAAAGCUCAAAUAUCACCUCCUGCCACGUACAAAGGGAUUCACCACUACGCUGAAGUGUCUCAAGGGCACAGUGACCGCCGUUUAUGACGUGACAUUAAACUUCAAAGACAACCAGACACCGACUCUCCUGGGCAUCGUCAACGGAAAGAAGUACAAAGCUGAUAUGAGCGUAAGACGCUUUCCAGUGGAGGAAAUUCCAGACGAUGAAGCUGAGUGUGCUAAUUGGCUUCAUAAACUCUAUCAAGAGAAGGAUGCUUUACAAGAGAUGUACAGCAGGGAAGGCAAGUUCCCAGGACCCACAAUAAUCCCUCCUCGCCGUCCAUGGACGCUGCUCAACUUCCUGUUUUGGGCCAUGCUGCUACUAUCGCCACUCAUCAACUUUGCGUACGGGGUGGCGGUCAGCGGCUCUCCACUUCUUAUCAUCGGCUUUAUCAUCUUCCUCAUUAUAGCCUCCAUCGUGAUUCGCCGCCUAAUAGGCGUCACCGAAGUCAAGAAGACGGGCUCUAGUUACGGUGACCAGGAGACCAAGAAACAAAACUAG